AAACUUUGCUUUGAGUGUGCUGUUCAAGCAUGACCCAAAUAUACCUCAAAAGGAUUCUUCGCCUGCCAGUCCUGUCUACGUAGAAGAUCAAGCCUUCAAUAGUACUCUGGAACUUAUACCACCCUUGCCAGAAGUAUCAUAAGGACCGGAAGAUCUUGCCAACAGUUUCCCGAAGAAAUGGUACCUCGAAUGCGAUGCAAACCAGGGUAUCCAGAAGAUUUCAACAAUGCAAUCAAGAGAAGUCCUUUAAUGGGCGACGACUUCAAAGAGCUCAUCAAGAGCUCAGACAGCCCUCCACUCUUUGUAUACGGACAUUUGAUGCUUCCUAGAGUCCUAAAAUAUUUCGCAAACAUGCGUGAAACUGAGAAGGUCGAUAUGGUCUACGCAACCCUCCCGUUACACAAGCUUUACCAUUUCUCAGAGAACGGGGAAGCCGGUCUGCCGACUAUCAAGGAAUCAUUCUCCCCGAGCGACGUGGUAGAGGGGUUUCUCGUUUUUGGAUUGACCGCAGAACAGCGUAAUGUCGUCAAGGAGAACGAGCUUGGACGACUCGAGCAAGUGGUAUUCGCCGCUGUCCAGGUCCAAGUAUCUCAAAUGGACACAAUUUCUUUUUAUGAUGUCAAAUGCGAAAAGUCGGUUGAUGCGGGAACUUUCGUAUGGAACUCGAAAGAGAUUGGCCUAACGCCCAUGGAAAGCACUUUUUGGCCUAUAGAUGACUUUCUAGAACAUCAGCUCUAUGAAGGGAUUGUGGAAUACCAAAGGCUGGAACGACUUCAAGGCAAAGAUUAGAGUACGUUUCUUGGGGAUAUUCAUUUCUUCUUGAAUUAUGCGUUGGAUCUUAUAUACCCGCCUGCUGAGUUAACAGUAUAUCAGCAGAGCUAUUAUUGCUUUUGUUUUAUCGUAUCCUUGCUACAACCUGAAGCACAAGUUUUUGGAUAGCAUAUCUUCUAAAAAAAAUCUAUUUAUGAAAAGGAUACAUCGAAAAGAAAACUUACAGACCACAAAC